AAACUGGGAAACCUCAAAACCUCAAAAGAGAAAUGCAGAGAAGCGCCAAUGCUCGCUUUUUCAAACGACUGAAAUGGCGCUCUCUACAAACUACAAAGCCGCCCCCACUCUCCGCCUCAGCCUUCAAGCCCCUCUCUAUUCUAUCCCUCUCUCUCUCUCUUUCUGGACCCAGAAGCCGAACUAAGGAUUAACUGGGUCUUCUUACUGCCAUGGCUGAUCAGGAGGCAAGUGUCCGCAUCACUCGCGCUGCGAAGAAGAGGGCCGCGGUUGCCAUGGCUGAUGAGCAGACGUACACCAAGAAGAGAGUGGUGUUGGGGGAGCUUAAGAAUGUCUCGAACAUCUCCGUUCCGGUUGACACGACUUCUGGCGCAGAGCAACAGAAGCCGAAAUGUCGAAGCAAGUCAAAGAAAGUCAAGAAUCCUGUGACGGCGGCGACGACGAAGACUACUAAAAAACCGGUGGAUACGGUGGCAACGGACUCGGAUGGCAAAUCGGAUGACCCGCAGAUGUGCCAUUCUUACGUCUCCGAGAUACAUGAGUACCUACGCGAGAUGGAGGCGGAUCCGCGGAGAAGACCUUUACCCAAUUAUAUUGAAAGCGUUCAGAAGGAUAUCAAUGCUAAUAUGAGGGGUAUACUAGUGGAUUGGUUGGUGGAGGUUGCAGAGGAGUACAAGCUCGUUUCAGACACUCUGUAUCUCUCCAUUUCCUAUAUCGAUAGAUUCCUGUCUUUGAAUGUUCUUAACAGGCAAAAGCUUCAGCUAUUGGGUGUUUCUGCAAUGCUUAUUGCCUCAAAGUAUGUAGAGAUUAGUCCUCCGCAUGUGGAAGAAUUUUGUUACAUUACGGAUAACACUUAUAAGAAGGAAGAGGUGGUGAACAUGGAGGCUGAUCUACUCAAGUCCCUUAAGUUUGAAGUUGGCAACCCUACAAUAAAGACAUUUCUAAGACGAUUCAAUAGAGUUGCUCAAGAGACUUAUAAAACUACCAAUCUUCAAUUGGAAUUCCUUGGCUACUACCUUGCUGAGCUAAGCUUGUUAGAUUACAAUUGCGUAAAAUUUUUGCCUUCUUUGGUUGCUGCAUCUGUUAUGUUUGUGGCAAGAUUUAUAAUUCGGCCAAAGACGCUUCCUUGGUGUUCGGCCCUGGAAAAAAACUCUGGAUACAGACCGGCUGACUUAAAAGAAUGUGUUCUUACCAUACAUGACUUGUAUCUAAGUAGAAGAGGAGGUGCUUUACAAGCAGUAAGAGAGAAAUAUAAGCAGCAUAAGUUCAAAUGUGUGGCGACCAUGCCUUCAUCUCCAGAAAUACCAGCUUCUUUUUUUGAGGAUGUUAAAGAAUGACAGGUAGAUUGGCAAUUAGGAUAUGGCUUUUGAAAGAGUGAGCUAUGAUUUAACUGCUUGAGACAACCGUGCAAGUGGAAAGGAAGUGUCCUUAACUGAAGAAGAUUGGGUUUCUGUUGCUUUGGUUUGUCAUUAUUGAUUGGAGGUUCUGCAAAGUGAAAAUCUGGCUAUGAGCUGCAGUGAUGUUACUAAUGUCUAAUGUAGUGAUGAUAGUUGGUGAUUUCCAGAUAGUAUCUGAAUGCCUUGGAUAACAUGAAUUUCCACUAA